AAGCGCUAUUUUUCCAGAAGUUCUAUUCAUUCAAGCUCGUUAAUUGAACAGAAAAGGAUGUCGGGAUCACUGCCAGCUACGUUCGUCAAGGGUUUCCACGAUGAGGAGCAGGUACGUCGUAUGGAGUACCGCCAACUGGGAUCCACGGGUCUGCGAGUAUCCAAAAUUGCCUUGGGCGGUGCCACUCUCUCUAAGCUCUUCUCCGAUGACUUUGAUCGCGAGGAGGGCAUCCGCACGGUGCAGGAAGCCAUUAGAUCCGGUAUCAACUACAUAGACACAGCUCCCUUUUAUGGCCAAGGCAAAUCGGAGGAGCUCCUUGGCCAGGCGCUCAAGGAUGUGCCCCGGGAGGCUUAUUAUAUAGCCACUAAAGUUGCACGUUACGAGUUGGAUCCAAAGAAGAUGUUCGACUAUACUGCUGCCAAAGCUCGGGAGAGUGUGAAGCGGAGUCUGGAGCUGCUCCAGUUGGACAGGGUGGACAUACUACAGGUUCAUGACGUAGACGCGGCUCCUAGUCUGGACAUGGUGCUGAAUGAGACCAUACCCGUCCUCGAGGAGUACGUCCAGGCGGGAAAGGCUCGAUUCAUCGGGGUCACCGCCUACGAUGUGGACGUGCUGAAGGAGUGUGCCGAGCGGGGCAAGGGUCGCAUCCAAGUGGUGCUCAACUAUGCCCGUUACACCCUGUUGGACAACACCUUGCUGCGCCACAUGAAGGCCUUCCAGGAGAUGGGCGUGGGCGUUGUCUGUGCCGCCGCGCACUCGCUAGGACUCCUAAGCAACGCUGGACCCCAGUCCUGGCAUCCUGGCAGUCCGGAACUCCUGGCCGUGGGCAAACGGGGAGCCGAAAUCUGCCAGCAGAGGAACGUGGAGCUGGGAAAGCUGGCCAUGUACUAUACGAUGCAACUGGAUGGGGCGGCCACCUUCCUCAUCGGCAUCCCCAACCGAAAGCUGCUGCGGAUUAACUUGGACGCGGUCUUCGACGGCCUCACUCCCCACGAACAGGAAGUGCUGCAGUAUCUGCGCGAAAAAGUGUUUACCAAGUCCUACAGCUGGGGCUCCACUUUAUCCACGGUUAACAUGUUCAAAUGAGCGACCACUUGGAUGGGCAAUCUUGAAACUUGAGCUCCAAAACCAAGAAAUAUUUGGAAAUGCAGGAGGAACGGAUUUAAAAUUAACUUUAGAUUAUAUUAUUCACUGAAAUAAAAUAUUACAAG